GGGCUGCAGCGGCAGGUCUCCUCCGGCCGGCCCCUCGGCCGCGGGCUGGGCAGGGCAGGCCCGGCGGCUCGCCAGGCAGGCUGCACAGCAGGCGCGGGGGGCUGGCGGGGCUGAGACAGCCCAAGGUCGGACGGACGGUGAGGGGAGAAGGCGCCGGCACUGGGGACACGAGGUGCGCAGGCAUCAGCUGCCGGGAGACACGGACUUUGUGCGUGCAGGGGACAAAGUUCACAGAAGAAAAGCUUGGUCAGGCAGAGAAGACUGAACUGGAUGCUCAUCUGGAGAACCUUCUCAGCAAAGCAGAAUGCACUAAAUUGUGGACAGAAAAAAUAAUGAAGCAAACAGAAGUAUUAUUGCAGCCAAAUCCAAAUGCCAGAAUAGAAGAAUUUGUCUAUGAGAAGCUGGACCGCAAAGCACCAAGUCGCAUGAAUAAUCCAGAGUUACUAGGCCAGUACAUGAUUGAUGCUGGGAAUGAGUUUGGCCCAGGAACAGCCUAUGGAAAUGCACUCAUUAAAUGUGGAGAAACACAAAAGCGAAUUGGGGCAGCAGACAGAGAACUAAUUCAAACUUCUGCUAUAAACUUUCUCACUCCCCUAAGAAACUUUAUUGAAGGAGACUACAAAACGAUUACUAAAGAACGUAAACUGUUACAAAAUAAAAGACUGGAUUUGGAUGCUGCAAAAACUAGACUGAAGAAGGCAAAAGUUGCAGAAGCUCGAGCUGCAUCUGAGCAGGAGGUGCGAAUCACUCAGAGUGAAUUUGACCGUCAAGCAGAGAUUACCAGGCUGCUCCUGGAAGGAAUCAGCAGCACACAUGCACAUCAUCUCCGCUGUCUGAAUGACUUUGUUGAAGCUCAGAUGACCUAUUAUGCACAGUGUUACCAAUACAUGUUGGAUCUCCAGAAACAACUUGGAAGCUUUCCAUCUACUUUCCUCUCUAACAACAAUCAGUCUUCCACAAUUCCUGUGCAGAGUGUUUCUUCUCCCUCAGUCUUGGCCUCAGCCUCUGCUUCAUUGCCUUCAGUAAGCAAUUCAAUGGUUACUUCAGGCCUCAGUGAACUGAAGUCAUCAAGUGGCAGCAGAAAAGCAAGAGUUCUCUAUGAUUAUGAUGCUGCAAACAGCAGUGAAUUAUCUCUACUUGCAGAUGAGGUGAUAACAGUGUACAGUAUCCCUGGCAUGGAUUCAGACUGGCUGAUGGGUGAAAGGGGAAAUCAGAAAGGCAAAGUGCCUAUUACUUAUUUAGAACUGCUGAACUAAAAGGUUGGCCUGAAUAGAGACUGUCAAUUAUGGCAACAACAUAUUUAUAUACAAUUAACGUUAUGUAAGCAGGUUUAUGUGUCUUCCAUGUUAUUGUCUUGAGGGACAAAUACCAGCCAUUAAAAACUGGCUUUUCUGCCAGCAUGGUUGCAUAUGGUCAAUACUCUAUUCAAACUUAAAAAGCUUUUACUUCAUGUGCCAAGAAUGUUUCCUACAGAUUUGUUUCUACUGAAGUUUUCACUAAUACAAGCUUCUACUUUUGAGUAAUCUAGAUUGAAAGCAGGAGGUACUGUUUUCUACUGAAAUUUUUCAUUAAUGGCAAAGCUUUUCUUCACAUGAAAUAAACUUAUUGUGAACUGA